AUGUCGGUUAGAUAUUCAUGGUUCGGAGCUGUGCUCGGAUACGUGGUACAGACCAAAUGUCUUUCAAUUAUACAAUCUAAGUUAUUAGUACGAAGUUUAGCUAAGAUGGGUUAUCAAAAUUCAAAAAAUCCUCCGUCUCGUGAAGAAACAAGUUAUAUACUUACAAUAUAUUUGACAUUCAUUUAUUGUGUCUCAUUAUUAUUUGUAUUACCAUUAUCUCAAUUUAUUUGUGAUAGAAUAUCUGCUAUACGAAUGGCUACAGAUAUUUCUACUUCUACUUCUAAUUAUGAGAUUGAAAUUGAAACCGUUUUAGAUAAUAAUGUUAACAGUCAUAACAAUAAUAGUAAUAUUAAUUGUAAUAAUCGUAAUAGUAAUAAUGGUAUUAGCACGGAUAUAGAAGAAGGUAGAGAAGAAGAUUCUUCUAUUGAGAUGGAUCUUUUAAAUGACAAUUCUGUACCUCCUCCAAGGAAUGUAGUCAUUGCACACAAUAUGACACCAAGAAAUGAUCAUAAUACAGUAUCGUAUUUAGGAAAACUUACAGUAUUAGCAUUUUGUCUCAUAGUACCUAUUUUCACUUACAAUUAUGCAUUAUCGUUAUCUCCAGCAUUUGAUGUAUCUUUGAUUCAAAAUACAGCUGUAUUUGAAAUUAUCUCUUUAUUAAUGGGAGUUUGUAAUAUUUCUCGUAAAAAGAGUCUCUUUAAGAAUUUUUUAGUCAUGAUGAGUGCAUUAAUUGGUAUAUUAAUUGUUUCUUAUACUAAAGCCACAUGUGAUUUAUUAUCAGGGAAACUUACCAUCAAUAAACAUACAGGUGAAGUUGCUGAUCCUUUCCUAUUUGAUAGAUUAAAAGCAGGUUUAAUAUGUGGUCUUGGAUCUCUAUUAUUCGGUCCAUUUGCUGUAUUAUGGCAUCGUUGGUUUGGCAUGUCAUACAUGCAUAGUCUAACAAAUAUUCCUCAUGUAGAAAAAUAUUUAUUUAGACAAAGUACUCAUGUAUCAUUGAUUGGUACUCUUUGUAUUUUUAUGCUUUUACCAUUCAUUCCAAAUUUAGCCAAUUCAUUCCAAAUUAUUUCAUAUUUAUAUAUGGAUAAAUUCUUUUGGGUAACAAUAAUGGGUUCUAUCUUAUUUGGUACAUUACCAAAUUUAUUCUCAAUUAUUAUCUUAACAAAUGAAUAUCCACCUGAAUAUAUUACUACAUGUAAUUUGGGUGCAAUCGUAUUUAUGGGUUUAGCUGAUUGGAUUACAGAAUCUGGACAAACUACCAUUAUACAAUGGGAAGUUAUUGGAUACAUGAUACUUGCAUCAAGUUGUAUAUAUUUAUCCAUCUCACUUAAGUGA